UUGUCUCAGUUCUAAAUUGUGAGCUCAAGACUUGCUUAAAUUUUUCACACGAAGCAGGACGGUCCUUCUCUGAUCAGGAAAAAAAGAAGAAAAAAAAUGAGUGAUUUUAUUUUAUUCAGGAGCCUUUUUAAAAUAAAGAUUUUGGAUUAAUUUCUAUGGUAGAUGAGAAGUCUUAAUAUGAUGCGGUUGGCCAGAGAUCCAUCAGCUCAUCACCACAUGGAGAUGAGUGAAACCCACAAUUAUGAAUUUAAAUUCAGAAAUCAUGCUACUCCUACACCAUGGCAAAAGAAAAGACCUACACUGAUUACAAACACAUCUGGAGGAAACUCAUCUCCAUUUUUUCUUGCCCGGGCCAUUGCUCUAGCUAUGGGAAUCCGUUUCAUUGUAAUGGUUAUGAUAUGCAGUGCCAUUAUCAUAAAUUCAUUACUCAGUCAAGAAGCUCCAACAUUUUUGAAUGAAAGUUACUGUGGACCAUGUCCUAAAACCUGGCUGUGUUAUAGAAACAACUGCUACCAAUUUUUUCAUGAGAGAAAAAACUGGUUUCAGAGCCAAGCUUUUUGUAUGUCUCAAAAUUCCAGUCUCCUGAAGAUAUACAGCAAAGAGGACCAGGAUUUCCUUCGACUGGUGAAGUCCUAUCACUGGAUGGGACUAGUACAAAAUCCAGCAAAUGGAUCCUGGCAGUGGGAAGAUGGCUCCGUUGUCUCUCCCAGUCAGCUAACAUUGGUUGAAAUGGACAAUGGAACCUGUGCGGUUUAUGGCUCAAAUUUUAAAGGUUACACAGAAAACUGUAUGACCCCAAACACAUACAUCUGCAUGCAGAGGACUGUGUAA